GUAAACAGGGAAGCAAAAGGCGCCAUUGACAUUCUUGCCGCGGGCAAGGCGCCUCGAUGAGGGGUCACGCCCUUCACAGCUAUGCAAUAUAACACACUCUAAUCUCUUCCUCGUCUCACCACUUUCAUUUUUGAACACUUCGGUCUCGUUGUCACUAUCACUCGUACAAAAGCAACCCAAUGGCCUCAGAAGAAUACCCUGCAAGCGUCUCUGGCGGAUGUCUGUGUGGUUCGGUUCGCUACACGCUGACAUUUCCAUCUAGUCACGACUGGAAGAGAAGCGGUUCAACAUGUCAAUGCUCCCAGUGCCGUAAAAAUGGCGGCUCUCUCAUCGCAUGGCUUCAUUCAGUCCCUGCGUCCAGCGUAGAGUUCACCUCUCAGACGACGCUAUCGCGAUACCACGCCUCACCAGAAGCAGCACGGGGCUUCUGUUCCAACUGCGGCAGCUGGCUCUUCUGGCGCAAUGAGAAGUCGGAAAAGAUUAGUAUGUCUGUCGGAACGUUCGACAAAGACGGCCUGAAAACCUGGGGUCGGCAGUUAUCCUAUUCGGAGGUUCAUCUUUGGUCUGAGGAUGCGAUCGAGGGUAUCACGGAUCAUUUGCCUGGAGAGAAAUGGAAGUAUGAUGAUCAAGGAGAAGAGGCUGAGAGGAUAGCAUAAGUAGCACCAUAAGCAUGACGCUUCCUCUAUAUGAUUAUAUUCUUCAUCAUGUGAUUGCUUCAGAGUAGUAUAGCUAGAAGUAGUACCAGGGUCGUACUGGAGGUGGCGGGCGGUGGUAUCGUUGAGUAUUC